UCAGCCUACUAAGUAUAUAUGGGAUUGGCGAAGAGCAAUCUCAGAUCAUUAUGCCGCCGCCGCCUCCACAUCCCAUACAUGUGCAUGCUUUGACCAACGCCAAGGAUGACUCGAACGUGAAGAGUGCUCUCAAAAUACUCGAACCUCAUUCGCCUGUCUCGAUACCAUUACACAGGAGACUUCAAUUCGGAAGAUUCUUUGAAGCGACGACGCUUCUAACAAGCUUGGCAUGCUUUGAAGCCGGGCCUGGGCCUGGGCCUGAAGAUGAAGAAUGGAUUAUGGCCUUUGUGGAUCGGAGUUGUAGGCCCGAGACUGAGGUCUGGAUGUACGGGAGCUGGGAGGGAGGGGGGAUUGGCGAACAUGGGGUUCCGAGUGCACAUCAGCAGCAACAGCAGCAAGACGCUUUGAUCUUGUCGCUCAUCCGAUCGAUCAAGGCUCUUGGACCGGCUCCAAAGUCGAUUCAUCAGGACAUACUAGCCAAAGCUGCAGCCAGAGCCUCUGCCGACAAGCACACUUCCUCCAGCGACAACGACGACCUCCAAGACCAUUCUGGCGUUUCGCGUAAAGACUACACUGCCCACCUCCUCAACCCAAACCUGAUUCUCUUCGGCGCGACACAUUCUUCAACGACACAGAUCCUCACUCGCAACCAUGUGAUCAAACACGUCUUCGAUUCGGGUCUCGUAGCCAAUUGGACCUUUGUAUUCGACAUCGAUGAUUUGCCAGAAUCUGCUACAUCCUUGGAGCUGCCCGCAGGUCUGCAUUGGGGAGAGUUGGAACAACAGCAUUUCGUUCUUGUGAGAUCACGGACACAGAUUCCAAGGCAGGAUCGAACGCUGGCUGUGCUACCUAACGUUGCAAUCUUCGAGAGUCAAAUUGGGAAGCCGAUUGCAUGGGUUUUCGUUGGCCUGGAUGGGAGUCUGACGACGCUGCAUGUUGAGGAAGAAUGGAGAGGAAAGGGGCUAGCCAAGAUGAUUGCAGUGAAAAUAUGGAGGGAGAAAAUGGAAGUCUUCUGGGAAAAAGAGGAGCCAAGAAGUGGUCAGAAGGAGAAGGCGAGGAGGCUGGCGCAUGAUUAUGUUAUUAGCGGGAAUGAAGCUAGCAAGAAAGUUAGUGAGCGGUUGGGUGGGAGGCAUUAUGCCGAUACCUUCUGGAUAAGGGUCAAUUUAGAUUCGGUAAGUGAAGCAUAGAUCACCAGGAUUUGGAGUAGAGAUACGAGGAGUAUGAUAGAAGUCACCUGCCUGCUCAGCUUCGAAUGACAGUGAGGAUCUGACAGCGUCCAAGCUGAGUGUGAGUGGGAUUGUCCCGAGUUAAGCAUGCUUCAGGAGGCCAUGGCACAUGACAUCAGUUGCGGAUCAGGAAGUGAUCGCCUGCAGCAGCUUCAAGAGCCCGUUCAGCCCGCCGAUCUUUGUCCUCCUUGCCCUUAUAGCCCGUUGUGCCAAGUGCUGCAUGAGGGAGCGACAUCCUCAAGUCAAGCUGUGCUUGCCAUUGCGCACAUUCUUCGUCGCCACUCGCUGUGAUUUCAGCUUCGAGCUGUAGUCUGGUAUCCGAGAUAGCUGCUCAAUCCGAGCAGUUUUGCCUUCCAGUGGCUCGCAGCUGCGGAGAUGUUGGAAGCAGUGGC